GCAAGGUAUGCAAGUCGUGACCCCGCGCGACGUGAAUGCUAUUUCAACUGCCUCAGCGUACUGUCACCCUUACAACAUGUGGUGGUUAGAUCGCUUCUCGCCAAACAUGUUCACCUGCUCUCCACCGCCCGCAGUGAUUUGCGCUGAGAAUAUCGCCCUGCUCUAUCUCCUCCAUCCGGUCCCAGUCCCACCUUCCUGCAAUGAGAUUAAGAAGCCUCCAUUUCGCCAAGGGAGCUAUUCAUUGUCAUUUGUCCAGGAGCGAGAAUUGGCUAGCACAUUAGCCUUCCUCUCUAACACUAAAGAUGAUCCCAACCAUAUACCAGCCCUCUGUGUUGAGGAGAACCCUAAUUUGGUGUCGUUAAAUGUUGUGGUAGCUGUGAACAAGAAAAAUGGGGAGGAUGGUAACGAGGUCCUCCAAAAGAUAAAGCAGAGUCUCGAGAAGAUCUUCACAAUUCUGUCAGAGUUCUCAGAAGAGCGAGACAACAACCGAGCAAUAGAACACCAAAUCUUCAAUGCAAUUAUUUCUAUAUGUUCCCAUCGCAUUCUAAGCCGUCUGAGGUUCAUGGCUACAAAACGGGGUACUCCUAGACAGCCCCUCAGGGUUAUUCUAGGCGAAGCUAUCAAUUCUCUCAAGCAAGUCAAUCAUCAAACUUUGAACAGCCUACCGUUCAGCUUAUUCACGGAAAGAGCUAAAGAUGUUGUUAGACUAGCUGACGCAUGGGUUAAGCAUCAGAAGCUGGCGGAGUUAGGAAAUCUGGUGGAAGGCAUCCACCAGUUAAAGCAGACCAGAGAUCUUCAAGCCCUGCUAGACUCGAUACCGAAUCGUGCAAUGGACCCAAGUUCAAGGCAAAACCUAUUUAACAUUAUUAAGAAAGUGUCGAGAUAUCGAGAGGCUGCACGAUUUCUGUAUCGUACAGCCAAAAAGAUUCCCUUGCUGCGGCGAGCGAAAGUUGUUAUCGCCAGUCUGCCUAAAGAAGUUUUUGAUCGAGUUUCGGACGAAAACUGUACUCCACAGCUCACGUCGACGAUUUCAAGAAUGAACACAAAUUGCCAAGGGCCAGUCGUCCGCCACCUCUGUCGUCUCCUGAACACGAGUGGUCCACAGCUGAAUGAUCAGUUUGCUGAUCAAACAAGGAAAAUGAUGCGGGAGGCCAAGAUACAUGCGGAAAUUCAGCUUGUCUUCCAUUAUGAGUUGAAUGUUUCGAGGUUACCACCACGUGUUGUUUGUUCUAGCAAGGAUGCAUGCUUUCUGUGUAAUGCUUUCAUUCUGAUGCAUGGGAAAAUGCACACACCCCGAUACCAUGGGCGGUUGUAUCCUGGAUGGAGAUUGCCAUCGAUGUCUGAUCUUAACGAUUUGGAUAUACGACUCAAUUCGGCACUCGAAGAUCAGAUUAAAGAUAGCCUGAAGACACUGCUAUCAAGACAGAAGAAGACUAUGUACCCAGAUCCAAACGAGAGCACAUUGCUUACACUGCCAUUAUCUACAUCAACGUUGCGUACACCAGCUCUAGUAGAAGUAAUUGAAUGGGAGAAAGCAUCUGCAAAAAGCUCUUUAGUCAACGACACAGCUAGACUCCGGGAACGCACAAUAUCACCCAAAGACCGAUCGUCAGUCUCCCUCGCAGAGUGCAUUGGCACUGUUCCUUCCGCACUUGGUUCGAGAAGUGCUAUCACGGUAGAAGAUGAUGAACUUCCCAAGAUUAGCUUGUCAGACCAAGCUGCAACGCAACUUUCCGCUCAAUGCAGUCAUCAAACAACUCGACAUGAAGUUAUAACAUGUGAAACUGAAGAAUUGAUUCAGGGUAUGUCACAGGCUAGAAGUGUUAUCGCGUGCGAACCCCAAUUUCACACUACAGAUGAGCUUGAGAUUCAUAUCGAGCAUAUCGCAGAAAUGUUGGUACCAGGUGCAAACAGAAGUGAUUUAGAGAUUGCCUAUAGCAUCGAAUGGCUUUCGGUCGAAAAGGCAAAGGAGCUACUAGAACAUAAGGAAGCCACUAUCGUAGACAUAGAAGCGUUGCAAUGCGGAGCCUGGCAUACAAUAGAUUGCCACGAUGAUAUACUCAUUAUGGCUCGAGGAACUCUUGUCAGAAUCACACCUCGAAAUGAAAAACAGAGAGAGGGGCGGGGGUAGAAGGGCGAGCACUUUGAGUCGUGUGAUGUGUGAUCUUAUAACGAAAAAGUACGGAGAGACUUUCCUUAACUAGUUUAGAUGCGACUGUAUCCUUCAACUAGGGGUAAUAUUAAGCUUUCCCACGC